AUGAGGUAUCAGAGCUUUGCUACGGGCAAGGACUUCCGGUUCAACGAUACAGCUUGGCUGGGUGCUGACGGUAUUUAUUCAACGGUAACAAGUAUAUGAAAAUAAAAACAACAACAAAGAAACAAACAAACAAAAUAACACAAUCUGGCCUUCCAAUCCCCAGGUCAGGAUACCCUCACGGAGUAUCCCUUGCGUCUAAUGAAAUGUCCUCUUCAACACCGGGCACAGAAACAUUGCAAAUCCCCUCUACAUGCAUAGGAGCCAGAAUGAUCAAUAAAUUGUUCAUAUAGAAUCAAUAUAAUAUAUAGAAGAAUAAGAACUUGCCGCAAUUAUUUUUUUUACUGUUUAUAAAUUUAUAUUAAUUGGUAAUUACAUCAGCUUCUUCUUAUUUAAUGUAUGUUUUGUUUGCUUGGUGCCCUUAUGGCUUUGUAGUCCAAAAAACAAAAAAUCCAUUCAAUUGAGAGCCGCUUUAAAAAUAAACACAUCCUGUUCAAAGAAACAACCUGGUCAAGUUAUCUUACUAUUCCCUCAAAAUGCAAACAAAAAUUAAAAAUUCAGAAAUGGUUCAUUAAAAAAAAAAGUCCCACCACAAACGAAAAUGUACCAACCACUAACAAACUGGUCUACCACAACGAACGACCACAGACUCCCAACCACUAACAAACUGGUCUACCACAACGAACGACCACAGACUCCCAACCACUAACAAACUGGUCUACCACAACGAACGACCACAGACUCCCAACCACUAACAAACUGGUCUACCACAACGAACGACCACAGACUCCCAACCACUAACAAACUGGUCUACCACAACGAACGACCACAGACUCCCAACCACUAACAAAGAAAUCCAACAAUAUAAAAAAAAAAUUAGUCCAACCACGACAGAGCCAAUGAAUAAUCAAACACAACCCUCUUUAUUAAAAAUUAAAUGAAAAGCUUUUCGAAAAGACACUCCACCCACUGCAUGCGGGGCUAACCACGUCACAUAACGAUCAAGUACAUCCAAGACCGAAAACAAUAAAAAAAAUAACUUUAAAAAUAAUAAUGAUAAUAAUAAUUAAGGUGUCUUAUAUAGCGCGGUACCCAAGCCCAGGGCUGGGCUCACCGCGCUGUACAUAAAAAUGUUAUCAAAAGAGACAUAAUCAUGACAUUAAAAUAAAAUACAUUUAUGAAAUAAAGAAGAGCAAAAAAAUGUAUAUUCACCCACCCCACAAACAUAACUCUCACAAGGCAAACCAUGGACGGCAGCCAGCAAGAUCGUUUAUCGGUCAGAGGAGGGGAAUCACUCAGGGUAGUAUAACCUUCUUGCAAGUGGAAUAAAAAGAAAAUGUGGGAAAUCUUUGAACACUAUUGGCCUUCUGGAAUAGUUUCUAGUUUUCCCAAGUCCACAUGAAUGGUCUGAGAAAAAAUAGUGAACAUUGAAAUUAGUUUAUUCCAUUUCCAUGCUAAUAAAAUGAAAGGACGGCAUUUAAAAAUAAAAUUAUUAUUGCAUUUAAAAGAAUUCACCAGAUUUCAAUGGCUAGGACUUAGGGUACAUUGUACAGCCUUCAUAUGUAUGUACACUGUACAGCCCAUUAAAUUCAUUAAAUCUAAUUGACCGGAUCCCUGUUGACAGAUGCAGUUAAUUUUUUCUCAAUCAUUUUAGAAGCACUUGAUUGUGUAAUCAGAAUCAAAAGGGAGAUACUUGAUAAGCAAAUAAUAUUUAUAAAUUCUACUGAAUGAGGAUGUGAACUAAAAAACAUAUGCAUAGCUCUAUGAAUCAUAAGGGGAUCAACUGUGUUCUUCAUCAGAUCAUUAAAAAAAAAUAUGAAGCAGCUACUAAUAAAGAAAUAUACCCGAUGGGAAUUACAAGCUAACUCUAAAAUUUAACAGCCCAAAUAAGGCGAUGGGCCAGAAGUACACCUAAGCCUAAAUGCAAGAGACAAAUUUUGCAUAAAUACCUUUGAUCAAAUUACUGAUACAAUGCAAACUGAGAUGAGAAGACGAGGAAAAGGAAAUAAAAUAAUAGCAGAGAUUUUUACAUACUAAUUCAAUUGUGUGCCACAUACUAUCGGUAUCGACUCAUUAUCAUCUGAAAGUGACAUGAAUUUUAGUGUUGUGAAAAGCUUAUAGGAGCCAGAAUGAUCAAUACAUUGAUCGUGGGCCCUCAAAAUAUAGAAGAAGAAGAUAAUCUCAGUAUAUUAUUAAAUGUUACCCAUGACGUCAUUUAACUGCUUCAAAACAAUUGGGAUAGGGGUUUGUUUUUUCUUCCAUUGUUGACUUCGAUAUUGAAGAGCGUUUCCUGCACGUAUAAUUGUGUGCCUUGUCUAUGUUCCCAGCAUGCCCCACAGCGUCCGUGCCAGUGAUGUAAUCAUUCUUGAUCUGUAACUUGUAUCUUGUCUAUUUUUAUCAUUUCCAAGUAUGCAUACACCACUAGGAUUACACAUUUUCAUUGUUUCUCUUUUACCUUGUCUAUUGUCUUUUCUUCCCCCCAGCACGCCUACACGACUCGUGCCAUUGACAUCAUCAAUCGACAUGAUCCGGAUGUUCCAUUAUUUUUGUUCCUGUCAUUCCAAGCUCCACAUACGCCCAUUACGGUACCUUUUUAGUCAAUAACCCCGCCCCCCCCCCCACCCUAAUUCUUUGCUCUGGAAUUAUUUUUUUGUUAGUUUAAAAAAAAACCCAGCUCUUGGACAGUUCGUAAUAUACUUUCGUCGCUUAUAUAGUAUACGAAAAUCUGCAUUAAUUUGUUUUUCAUUCUGCACUCUUGUGUAUGAGUGCCAGAAUUUAGAUCUGAGCAGGACACUUCUGAUGUGCUCCGUUGAAAUGAUUUUCGGUUACAAUACCACAAUAUGGAACCUUUCAAAUCCUCAUUAAUUUUCAUCCAUUUAUAUUCUCAAUUUUUUCUUUUAAAAUGUUGCAUUAAUAAGAAUUUAAAUUUGUUUGCCUUGUCAGUACGAACCACAGAAUUAUAUUUGGCGCCCGUUUUAUUUUUUUACACAAAUUAACUUUCGUUUCUAACAAUAAUAUAGAAAGCCCCCUGCUCUAAAUAUUGAGCUAAACUGAAAUUAUUGAGUUUUUUUUUUCGAAAACAUAAUUUUAUUCCUUUUAAAAUUUUUAUUUAAAGCAUCUGUUCUUUCUUGUUUUGUGUUGUCUGCUGAAGAAGGCAUCUGGCCGAAACGUCCUUUUUAAUUAUCCAGCCUUCUCUUUUCAAGCCUAGAUAUAUCUUGUUCCAUUCAUUAUUUCACUAACAAAGAACGCUGUUAAGAAAUAACUGAUGUUAGGGCUGAUGAUCGUUACAGAAUAUGUUUGUCUAAAUUUAUAACUAGGUCACAAUAAUUCAUUGCAAGUUUGUUUCGACUCUUUUUUCCAGGCCCCUUUGAGGUACACGGAGAACUUUAAAAAUGUCCACUUCCCGACCAGGAGAAUUUACUUAGGCAAGUACUUGGAUUUGAAUCACUCAUGGUUAGCUGCAGUUCAGAGGUGCGAUUUAGAAGUUGGCGGAACAUAGUGUUAGUGUACAGAUUCAUUUGGGCAUCUUAAAAGUAUGUAGAUCCAGGUGUAUUAGACGACUGUACAGUUUGUAGAUACGGGUGUAUUGGACAACUUUACAGUUUGUAGAUCCAAGUGUAUUGCACAGCUUUACAGUAGUAGAUUGUGUUGUAAUGGACAACGAUUCAGUGUGUAGAUCCAGGUGUAUUGGACAACUUAACAGUAUAUAGAUUCAGGUGGAAGGGACAACUUACAGUAUGUAGAUUCAGUUGGAAGGGACAACUUACAGUAUGUAGUUUCAGGUGUAUUGGACAACUUUACAGUAUGUAGAUCCCGAUAUAUUGGACAAUUGUACAGUAUAUAGAUCCGGGUGUACUGGAAAUCCUUACCGUGUCUUGGAUUUUUUUGGAUGAUACUGUUAGAAUGGCAAAUGAAACAUUUCGCGAUUAUGGCGAUUAGAACAAACAUCUGUGGAACAUUUCUUGUUCGUUUGUGUUUUAACUGAAGACACAACUUAGUUCCUUUAGACUGUGUCCUCAGGUAUGGUGACCUAAUUUCCUUUCGUCUGUGUCUCCCAAGGUAUGGUGAGCUACUUUUUGUUUGUAUGUGUCCCCUUAAAAGAAUGACCUAAUUUCAUCUUGUCUGUGUCUCCCCAGGUAUGGUGAGCUACUUUUUGUUUGUAUGUGUCCCCUUAAAAGGGUGACCUAAUUUCAUCUUGUCUGUGUCUCCCCAGGUAUGGUAACUUAAUUUCAUUGGCUUGUGUCUCCCCAGGUAUGGUGACCUAAUUUCAUUGGCUUGUGUCUCCCCAGGUAUGGUGACCUAAUUUCAUUGGCUUGUGUCUCCCCAGGUAUGGUGACCUAAUUUCAUCGGCUUGUGUCUCCCCAGGUAUGGUGACCUAAUUUCAUUGGCUUGUGUCUCCCCAGGUAUGGUGACCUAAUUUCAUCGGCUUGUGUCUCCCCAGGUAUGGUGAAUGCAUUAGAUGAGGCCGUAGGGAACAUCACCAACGUUUUAUUUAAGAAAGGAAUGAACAAGAACAUGCUCCUGGUUUUCACAAGUGAUGUAUGA